CGUGGAGCCGCUCCGGGAUUGCGGCGGAACCAGGCCGGGCCUCCGCUCUCGCUGGCCCCCACCCUCGCUGCCGCCGGCCGGGGCUGGGCGCGGCCGGGGCCCGGGCCCCGCGCUCUGGGGCCGGGGAGGACAAUGCACCGAGCUGUCUCCAACCAGCGCUCGGGCUCCUCCUCCUCCGGCUCCUUGCAGCCGCCGCCGCCCCCUGCUCACCCCGCCGCCGACCUGCAGCCCCUCUUCCUGGGCGGCCGCAGCCGGCGCGUGUCGGGCUCCAGCUCGGGCUCGGGCCGGGCCCGCAGCAGCAGCAGCAGCAGCAGCAGCGGGGGCGAGGAGGAGGAGAGCAUCAGCAAACCCCUGGUGCCGGCCCCGGCCGCGCCGGCCCCCGACGCCUCCUCCCCGGCCUCCAGCAGCAGCAGCUCGGGCUGCAGCAUGACGGCGGGGGAGCUGUACGGGGGCGCGGCCCCGGCCGGGGGGGCGGCGGCGGCCACCGCCGGAGGGUUGCUGUGGCCGGGCGGGGGCUCCGGCGGGUCGCGCUGGGGCUACAAGGCGCUGUCCCUGGUGCUGCUGCUGGGGCAGGGCGCGCUGCUGGACCUUUACCUGAUCGCCGUCACCGACCUCUACUGGUGCAGCUGGAUCGCCACCGACCUGGUGCUGGCGGCCGGCUGGGGCAUCUUCUUCUGCCGCAACAGCCGGGCCCGGCGCCGGGAGCGCCCCCCGCCGGGUCACCCUCCGCCGCCGCCGCCGCUGCACCCGCUGCUGCUGCACCCCACGCACGGCGGCCGGGGCGCGGGCCGGGUUGGGGGCCCCCUGCGGGGCGGGGACUUCGCCUACGCGCACCUGGCCUGGCUGAUCUACUCCAUCGCCUUCACCCCCAAGGCGGCGCUGAUCCUGGGCACCUCCAUCCUGGAGCUGAUCGAGCUGCGCCUGCCGCUGGGCAUCACCGGCUUCCGCGUCACCCUGGCGCUCUCCGCCCCGCUGCUCUACAGCCUGCUGCGGGCCAUCGGCCCCGACGGCGCCGGCCAGCUGCUGCUGCCGCCCCAGCCCCCGCCCCAGCACCGCGCCGCCGCCGCCUUCCUGGCCACCUGCCUCGACCUGCUGGACAGCUUCACCCUGCUGGAGCUGGUGCUGCAGCCCGGCCGCCCGGCCCCGCUGCCCGGCCCGCUGCGCUACCUGCUCAUCGCCGUCUACUUCCUCUGCCUGGCCUCGCCCGUGCUCUGGCUCUACGAGCUCGGCGCCGCCCGGCCGCCCGGCGCCGCCCGCCUGGCCCUGCACCUGCUGCUGCCCGCCGGGCUGCUGGACGCGCCGCUGCUCGCCCUGCGCUGCCUCCUGCUGCUGCGCUACCAGCAGCCGCUCUCCGUCUUCAUGCUCAAGAACCUCUUCUUCCUGGCCUGCCGCGGCCUCGAGGCCAUGGAGACCUGCUGCCUGCUCCGCCCCGCCGCCGGGGGCGCCAAGUACAGCGCGGCCCCUGGCCCGGGGCCCGGCGCCGCCCAGCUCAGCCACUGCAUCUCCGAGAACGACGUGGGGCCCCACGGCUACGUCAACACCCUGGCGGUCAGCGCCCAGAACUGAAGCGGGGCGCGGGGGGCGGUGUGGCCAGGAACCCGGCCCCGCCCCCUCCCCGCCCCGGCCAGGAACCCGGCCCCGCCCCCUCUCCCCCCUGCCCGACUAGGAACCCGGCCC